AUGAGUCUCCCACCCGCGCAUCGACCCGUUGCCACUGUUCUAGCGGUUGACAUGAUGCACGACAGUCGUGCACGGCACGGAAAGUCGCGCGUCUCAGGGGGCUCCAGCUGCUUCCCGUCCGGUUAUCUUAACAACGAGAGCUUUGACCUGAACUCCGAGACGGAACACAUAUCUACGAACUCCUCCACAUGUGAUCCGGCUGAGUCCUAUCAUCUCUUGCUCCCUCGAGAGUUGCGGACGCCGGCUCAGCACUUCACCACGCCGGAGAUCCUGGACGGUUCCCCUCACUCACCGCUCUGCAGUGCUUUCUUUUCCUCGGUGACUGAAAUGCAGCACCAGUCGGUACUGGAGGUCGGCGUGGCAAGCGAUCAAGGCAUCCGCUCGAGCAUGGAGGACGAACAUGUGACCGUCGUCGAGCCAGACGUUUGCUUCUUUGGCAUCUAUGACGGGCACGGUGGUCGCCAGUGUGCCGAGUACGUCCGCUCCCGGCUGCACGAAAUUACACUGGCUCACGAGUGCCUUAAGACCGCUCCGCGCAAGGCGAUCAGCGACGCGUUUGCUCAGGUGGAGCGCGAAUUUUUAGGGCAGACUACCAGCGACAUGAGCUCUGCUGGCUGCGUGUGCGCCGCGGCCGUCGUCCAGGGCUCGGUGCUGACGGUGGGCAACGUUGGUGACUGUGAGGUGGUCCUCGCGCGUGCGGGGCAACCCGUGCUGCUGACAGUCAAGCACAACCCCAGCUGCAACGAUGCUGAGGCAACGCGGGUCAAGAAGGCUGGCGGGUGCAUUUUCAACUGCAGGGUGGGCCACCCGCGUCUCAACCCGCGCAUGUGCAGUCUUGCCGUGUCACGAGCGGUGGGAGAUGCCGGGUUUAAGCUUGAGGAAUACACGAACGGCAAACCGUCAGGCAUCAUCGCUGUCGCCGACACUUCUGAGGUGUUGCUGGCGAAGGACGAUGCGUUUUUGAUUUUGGCGUGUGACGGCUUGUGGGACACGAUGUCUUACGCCGAAGCUGUCGAGCUGGCCACCGCGUACGUGGCGAGCGGGGCCGACGCCAACAGCGUCGCCGACCAGCUUGUGGGAGAGGCGCUGCGGCGGGGCACGCGCGACAACGUCACGGCCAUCUUUGUACGCCUAGGCGGGUCAGCGCAAGCAAGACUAGGCGAUACCGAAAAAUAA